CUGCUCCCACUUACACGAGAAAAGAUGACCUCUGCCAUGGCAAGUGCCAAGACCGAGGUGCCGUACCUCACCGUCGACCCGGCCGACGUGCCAGCGCACGCAGACCCCUUUGAGAUCACUGCCCAGAUGGGCUACCUUCCCUGCCGCCUGCCCCUCCGCCGCCUGCCUGCUGCCUUUGACAAGCUCAGCGAGAUCCUCGACGAGAUGCCCAUCGAGAAGCUGGACGGGCAGCCGGGCCUGCUGGCCACGUUCCAGCUCGGACCCCUGAUUGACGGCGGCGCCCUCCCGGACCUGACCGGCGAGAUUGACAACCUCGUGGUCCCGGGUACGGACAAGCUCGACAUGGACGCCGUCACGGCCGCGUUCCGGGACUACUCGUUCGUCGCCUCGUCGUACCUGCUCGAGCCCUGCUGGGAGACGUACAGCACGGGCAAGAGCACCGACAAGGACGGCAACAAGGGCUACGGCCUGGGCCGCCAGACCCUCCCCCGCUGCAUCGCCGGCCCGCUCGUCAGGUGCGGCGCGAUCCUCGACAUCCCCCCUUUCAUGUCGUACGCGGCCUCGUACGCGCUGUACAACUACUACCUCGUCCGCCCCAGCGCGGGCCACGGCGACUACGAGAACCUGCGCCUCGUCCGGGCGUUCGAGAAGGGCCUCGACCCCAAGUCGUCCGAGGCCGGGUUUAUCCUCACGCACAUCCACAUGGUCGUGCGCACGGGCGCGCUGAUCGAGGGCGCGGUCGACGUGCUGCAUGCGGCCGAGGCAGAGUCUGCCGACACGGCCAGGCAGGGGCUGGCCAAGAUCCUCGACGCGAUGCAGGCGAUUGAGGCCGCGAUGGAGUCGAUGUGGGGGAACUCGAAGCCCAAGGACUAUAUGAGCUACAGGACAUUCAUCUACGGCAUCACGAGCCAGAGCAUGUUCCCCGACGGCGUCGUCUACGAGGGCUCCUUUGACGACAAGCCCGUGGCCUUCCGCGGCGAGUCGGGCGCCAACGACGCCAUCAUCCCGCUGCUCGACCACCUGUGCGAGAUCCCCAUGCCCAAGAACCCGCUCACCGACAUCCUCGUCGAGUUCCGCGAGUACCGGCCCAAGCCGCACCGCCGCUUCCUCAAGUACGUGCGCGAGACGGCCGCCGAGGUGGGGGUGCGCGGGUUCCUCACCAAGGGGGCCGGGGACCUCUCGGCCGCCAUCAUGUACCUCCGCGUGCUGGACCACGUGCGCAGCUUCCGCUGGCGGCACUGGCAGUUCACCCGGGAGUACAUACUGAAGUACACGCAGCACCCCACGGCGACGGGAGGCAGCCCCAUCAUCACCUGGCUGCCCAACCAGCUCGCCGCCGUCAUGGACCUCAUGGUCGACGUGGCCCAGGGCUCGGGGCUCUGGGCCAUCCUCGAGGAAGGCGUCUGGACUGGCGGCGGGGCUGGUGCUGGCAGCGGCAGCGACAAGGAGGGCGCGGGGGAUGAGCGGUGGGCCGGGCUGACCAAGAAGGAGAUUGACACCGUGGGCGAGAUGAUGCAGAAUGUCGUGAUCCAGCGCGAGAGGCUGGCCAAGGAGGUUGCCAAGUACUGCCAGGAGCGGAAGGCUGGUUAUUAACGAGGAGUUGCGUGUCGGGGGUGCGAUGCAGAGGUGUUGUUGAAGAAAUAAUAAUAAAAGGACAAAAAACCUUUUCUCCCGAGGCUUGAAACACC